AUGUAAGAUUGUGCAAACGAAUAAAAUUACAUCAACUUCCUCUAAUUAGAAAAGGAUGUAGGCUCAUAUGAUGAUAACUCUUCUUUGUUACUUCACAUGAAUCAUGAAAAUCCUUCUCUAACAUAACUUAUGGAAUUGGAUGUCACUCCCUUAAAUAAAUAAGGGAAGAAGAUAAAGAAGAAGAAGAAGAGAGUUGACUUCCAUUACAAAAAGAAGAGAAGAAACAAUAAAAUAACAGAUAUGAAUAAUAAUAAUCCAUUCAAUAUUGAAGAAGACAAAAAAAUCCUAUCUCUUGUAUUAGAGCAUGGUCCAAAGUUUAGUGAUAUAGCUAAAUACUUUACUGAUAGAAACCAAAACGCUAUAAAGAAUAGAUAUUAUAAAUACCUUAGAUUCAGAUGGGAUAAGACAUUGGGAAGGUAUGUUUAUAUAUUUAUUGUUUAAUAGUGAGUACAGAAGACUAAAUUGUAAGAGAGAUACCGACAAAGUGGAGUGCAGCGAUCUAACUUAAAUUAUAGAUGAGAUGAACUUUUUUCCAGAAAUAACAGAUUUGUUAUCACAAUUUGUAUACAGAGUCCAUUCCUAUUUCAAUUGA